AAUAAUCAAGUGACAAUCUGGUGAUUCAGGAGAAAAAAAAGUUCUAAACAUACGACUGGUUACCCAUAAAUUAGAUUUUCCUCCUUAAAAUUUAGCAAAUAUUGUGUUAUUUACGCCGAACACUUGCCGUUUUUACACUGCCCAGUAGAAUGGGACAAGCGAAGAGUCAGUUUUCCGAUGAAGAACUUCAAGAUUAUGAAGACCUGACAUUUUUCACCAAAAAGGAAAUUCUACUUGCCCAUAAAAAGUUCAAAGCAUUAGCACCUGAAAAAGUGGGCCACAACAAGAAUGCCAAAUUGUCCAUGCAAAAAGUACUUCAGUACCCUGAGUUGAAAGUGAAUCCGUUUGGCGAUCAAAUUUGUAAGGUGUUUAGCUCAAGCAACGAUGGUGAUUGCACAUUUGAAGACUUCCUCGAUAUGAUGUCGGUGUUUAGCGAUGCAGCUCCGCGAUCCGUUAAGGCUGAACAUGCGUUCAGGAUUUUUGAUUUUGAUGGUGAUGACAUGUUGGGGAUUGGUGACUUGAAACAAGUGAUUGAACGCUUGAUCGGACCACAAAAUAAUCUUUCGGAUAACGACAUGAAACAGCUGAUACAGAACAUUUUGGCAGAGGCUGAUUUAGAUGAUGACCACGCUCUCAGCUUUCCGGAAUUCGAACACAUCAUUGACAAGUCUUCCGAUUUUAUAAACUCGUUUCGGAUGCGUUUAUAAGCACACAAUUCACGGCCUAUCAACAUUGGUGUAUCUUUUACUUUUGUCGACUUAAACCUUUUUUAGACUUGAGCAAUUUUGCACAACAUUUUAAGACUUCGGCAAUUAUUUUAGACUUGACUUCUUUUGUUUAUACGUGUUAUACGCGUUAUUUGUUUGUGAUUUUACACUAUAUUAUUACCUAAAAUAAGGCUUAAAAAUCGGUUUUUCUUUUCAUUUUUACGCAAUACAUAAUCUGUAUUAUCUAUUGUACCAAGCCAAAACCGAAAUAAAAACGAAAUCAAUUUAAUAAGGAUAUAA